UGACAGAAACACUAAGUCAAUAUGUAGUUUGGAUCGCUUUUUUAGGACGAGUCCCUACCAGUACGCCUCGGAAUUUGAAACUUGCAAUGAGAGUGGUUUCUUGUCAGGAGAUCCCUUUUGGAAUUCAUCUUUAAGAAUAUUCCCAUCUGUAGAUUUUGUACUUGUAUUGAAAAAGCAGUUGUUACUAAGAGUUUCCCCUCUCAGUAAAGUGAUUGAAAUGUGUAGCCUUAAUGACAUAAGGGAGUGGAGAGGUGAGAGUAGCGAUGAAGCAGGACAAAGCACAGAACCCGGUGACAUUACGACAGAGAGAGCCGAAAAUAACGAUCUAACGGAACAUAACCUACCAGAAAUCAACGAUAUGCCGGAGCAGAAAGCUGAAAUCGAUGUUCUGUCAGGACAGAGAGCUGAAGUUGUUGAUCCAUCAGAACAGAGAGCUGAACUUGACGACCUACUCGAACAGAUGGCUGAACUGGGUGGCCUAGUUGAACAGACAAUGGAACUUAACAACUCUACGGAAAAGAAAGGUGAAUUUGAUGACUUUGUGGGAGAACGAACGGAAUUUAAUGACCCAUCAGAAAAGAGGCUCAAACUCGAUGAACCAUCACAACGAUUGGAAAUUGGUCUAUGCAGCUUAUCAGAGAAUGGAGCUGAUCCUUAUUUUAAAGGGGAUGAUCAGGAACCUCUACUUGAGGACAUAGAGGAAAACGGUUCUGCUGGAGAUGAUUACUCUGGACUACCAGAUAGCGUUUAUUUCUCUGUUGAUGGUAACUCUCUUUAUACCGUGGUGGGUACAAGGAUCCAGCGAAUAAAUCUUGUGACUGGCGAUGUUUUAAGUAAAAGGGUUAGUCGCAAGGCAUGUCUGACUAUCGGAAGGCGUUUUCGUCUUGUGCCCGUCAAAAGAGGUGUCCUAUUCGAAACAAAUGGUAGCUCGCUUGAGUUGUGGAACUCUGAGUUGUCUGCUUGCAUGCAAAGGUGGACUGGCUUUUUUGUCAGGGUUGCUGUACCCUUAUCAGAGGAACUAGUCGCCUUGGAAACGGUGAAUGACGAUGAUGGCAGACGGGAAGUGAUCAUUCUAGAUACAACGAAUGAAAAAAUUGUGUCAACGAUUGCAAAUUUUGGUGGUGCAUUUUUUGCAUGUAAUAAUAAAUGUGAAGUGCUAACCACUACUGAUGGAGAGUCUCUGCAGCUGUGGCGUAAAAACCAAGUGAUAUGGGAAACUUCUAUUCAAUUAGAUCUAUCCGGGUUAUACGUAACUGUUAUUUUUUCUCCCACUGAAGAAUACGUCGUCAUUUUUGAUGAAAUUGGCUCUUACGUCCUCAACGCAGUUUCGGGAAAAGUGAUUUGUGAAUUGGAGAUCAUGGCUGCAAAUGAUAUUAAGUUUAUCAGUAACGAGGACUGCAUCGUCAGCUUGAAUUAUCCAAGAGGUUUUUGUCUUAGAUUAUACAACGUUAUAUCUGGUGAUCUCCUUAGUGAAAUUGUUGAGGAACGAUAUGUUCUAAGUUUUGCAGCUUAUCCUCGUAAGCGCUUGGUCGCAAUUGUCCUUGAAAACUCCGAGAACCAUUUUGAAAUCAUUCAAGUGAAGCUGCCAGGCGAUAAAGAGAAGAAGAACAUGAAAAGGUUGAACCUACCAAAAUAAGACAUCUACAUAGAUUUACAGUUGGGAAAGACAUUGUCGAUCAGAAAACCUGUAUUCCGCUGAUUCCUUUGCUUUCGAGUGGUUACGAUCUGACCUCUGAACAGAAGAGACCGCUGAUCGAGGUUGGAGCGAGUACAAGAAUGAUUUUAGUGGCAAAGCUGUUUAAGGAUUUAAUUAUACUUUUCUUUAAAGGGCCAUGGUUAAGUUGGAGAGCUGUUCACGCUGCCAAAAGAUUUUUGUUUAGACUUAUAAACAUUUUUAACUGUUCCUAGUGUAAACUUAAAACGAACAUUUAACGCUCUAUUUUAUUGCUCUUUUGGUGUUUAAUCAGCCAGCUACAAGCUAAGAAAAUUGUUCUAUGGAAGCGGAGUGCAGCAAGCGUCUCAUUAAGUGUUGAUUUGCGACUCGUUUAACUCGUGAGAUUGAUUCCUCUAUGAAAACGAAAAAGGUAUUGACAAAUUGUACAGUUCUUCGUUGAGGCUCAGAAAGGUUCUAAAGUCAUUUUCUGCAAAAUUACUUUUACAGCGUAAGACUGUUGGAGAAAAAGAGAGAAAUAUCUUGUGGUACCACCUGUGAUUCUCUCGUGUUUUUCUAAUGAAAGAGGUAGUUUCAAAUGUGUGUAAAUGGGUAACCAGCUAACUUUAUAUCCAUUGGAUGUGUACAUAGCUUAUACCGGCCUGGUUGAAGAUGGAACCAGAAUGACCGCGAAGGAAUCGUUUCUUCAACAUUAUUUUUUAGAAAAAAAUGGAUAGUCAAUGCGCUGAUUUUCGGAUAUAAAUUAGUUUGUGUAUGUUUUUGAAAUUUGAAGACAUUUAUCGGUACUUUAUUUUUUAAAAUACUUUCUUUUGUCGGGAAGGUGGGCCUGUAG